AUGAGGAGUGUUUUCUGGGCCGAUGGAAGAUCAAGAGCAUCUUAUUUGAAAUUCAGUGAUGUUAUUGUGUUUGAUGUGACAUACAGAACUAAUAAGUUCAGUCUUCCAUUUGCUCCAUUUACUGGUGUGAAUCAUCAUAGGCAGUCCACUUUACUUGGUUGUGCAUUAUUAGCCGAUGAACAGGAAGAUACCUUUGUUUGGUUAUUUGAAGAAUGGCUGAAAUGCAUGCAUGGCAUUGAACCAAGUGCUAUUAUAACAGAUCAGGAUAGAGCAAUGUGUAAUGCUAUUCACUCAGUGUUUCUAACGACAAGACAUCGUUAUUGCUAUUGGCACAUGCAAAAGCAUAUUAUUGAUCAUUUGCCUACUUUGGUAUCUCGUUAUGGUGAACAGUUUCAAAGGUAUUGGGGCUUGUGGUGCAAUAGUUCGUCAAUUGAACAAUGUGAAGGAUAUUGGGUUGAGAUGAAAGAGAAGUUUGAUAUAAAUAAAGAAGGGGAGGGAUGGUUGCAAACAGUUUACAACUACAGAGAACACUGGGUGCCGUGUUAUCUGAAGGAUACUUUUUUUGCUGGAAUGAGAUCGAGCCAAAGGAGUGAAAGUAUUAAUGCAUUUUUUGAUGGGUAUGUUAACUCACAGACUCAAUUACACGAGUUUGUGACACAAUAUGAAAAAGCAGUAACUCAUCGUCGCUUAAGUGAAGCCCAUGAAGAUUUUAAGAAUCUGAACACAAAGCCAGUCAUGCUCCUUGGACAUCCAAUUGAGGUCCAAGCUGGAGAAAUGUAUACACGCAAUAUGUUUGAUGUGUUCCAUACUGAAUUCAAAGGAUUUAGUACAGAGUUCUGUGAAGAAUUGAGAAAAGAUGGGGACAUUGUUGAAUACAAGGUCUGUAAGUUUACAGAUAGAGGAAAAUAG